AAAAGAACAUGGCUCCUGCAGCAAGCAGCGCCGAGCUCGGCGCAGCGCAAAGGCGCGCCGGACUGCAGUGAGAGCGCGAUGGUGAACUCGAGCCGCGUGCAGCCGCAGCAGCCCGGGGACCCGAAGCGGCCGCCGGCGCCCCGGGCGGCGGGUUCAGGCCGGCUGAUGGCGGGCAGCGCUUCGGGCGGCCUCCGCGAACACAGGGGCCUGGAGAUUGAGAUGGAGCGCAUCCGGCAGGCGGCCGCGCGGGAUCCCCCGGCCGGAGCCUCGGCCUCCCCUUCUCCUCCGCUCUCAUCGUGUUCGAGGCAGGCGUGGAGCCGGGACAACCCUGGCUUCGAAGCCGAGGAAGAUGAAGAAGAUGAGGAGGAAGAGGAGGUGGAAGGAGAAGAAGGCGGGAUGGUGGUGGAGAUGGAUGUGGAGUGGCGCCCAGGCAGCCGGAGGUCUGUGGCUUCCUCGGCCGUGAGCUCCGCGGGCGCCGGGAGCCGGGCAUUGGGGGGCUACCACGGCUCUGGCCACCCGAGUGGGAGGCGGCGCCGAAGAGAGGACCAGGGCCCGCCGUGCCCCAGCCCAGACGGCGGAGGGGACCCGCUGCAUCGCCACCUCCCCAUGGACGUGCAGCCGCAGCGAGUGGCGUGGGCCAAGAGGCUGGCUCGUGGGCUGCGAGGUUUCUGGGGAACAAGACUCAUGGAAGAAAAUAAUACUAACCGAGAGAAAUACCUGAAAAGUGUUCUACGUGAACUGGUCACAUACCUCCUUUUUCUCAUCAUCUUGUGUAUCUUGACCUAUGGGAUGAUGAGUUCCAGCGUGUACUACUACAACCGGGUAAUGUCGCAGCUCUUCAUAGACUCUCCACUGUCCAAGACUGAGAAAACCAACUUUAAAACGCUCUCUUCCAUGGAAGACUUUUGGAAGUUCACAGAAGGCUCCUUGUUGGAUGGACUGUACUGGAAGACGCAGCCCAGCAACAUAACUGAUGCUGACAACCGAAGUUUUAUUUACUAUGAGAACCUGCUGUUAGGGGUACCACGCAUACGGCAACUCAAAGUCAGAAACGGAUCCUGUUCUAUCCCACAGGACUUGAGAGAUGAGAUUAAAGAGUGCUAUGACGUCUACUCUGUCAGUAGUGAAGACAGGGCUCCGUUUGGUCCUCGAAAUGGAACUGCUUGGAUCUACACAAGUGAAAAAGAUUUAAAUGGUAGUAGCCACUGGGGAAUGAUCACAACCUACAGUGGAGCUGGCUACUACCUGGAUUUGUCAAGAACAAGGGAGGAGACAGCUGCCCAGAUUGCUAACCUCAAGAAAAAUGGCUGGUUGGACCGAGGAACCAGGGCGGCUUUUAUUGACUUUUCUGUGUACAACGCCAAUGUUAACCUGUUCUGUGUGGUCAGGUUAUUGGUUGAAUUUCCAGCAACAGGCGGUGUGAUUCCAUCUUGGCAAUUUCAACCUGUAAAGCUGAUCCACUAUGUCUCAACGUUUGAUUACUUCCUGGCGGCCUGUGAGAUUAUCUUUUGUUUCUUUAUCCUUUACUACGUGGUGGAAGAGAUAUUGGAAAUUCGCAUUCACAAGCUACAAUACUUCAGGAGUUUCUGGAAUUGUCUGGAUGUUGUGAUCAUUGUGUUAUCAGUGGUAGCUAUAGGAAUUAACAUACAUAGAACAUCAAAUGUGGAGGUGCUGAUACAGUUUCUGGAAGAUCAAAAUACUUACCCCAACUUUGAACACCUGGCAUACUGGCAAAUACAAUUCAACAAUGUAGCUGCGGUCACAGUAUUUUUUGUUUGGAUUAAGCUCUUCAAAUUCAUCAAUUUUAACAGGACCAUGAGCCAGCUCUCCACAACUAUGUCUCGCUGUGCCAAAGAUCUCUUUGGCUUUGCCAUUAUGUUCUUCAUUAUUUUCUUAGCUUACGCUCAGUUGGCAUAUCUUGUUUUUGGAACUCAGGUUGAUGACUUCAGUACUUUCCAAGAAUGUAUCUUCACUCAAUUCCGUAUCAUUUUGGGCGAUAUCAACUUUGCAGAGAUUGAGGAAGCUAAUCGAGUUUUGGGACCAAUUUAUUUCACUACAUUUGUGUUCUUUAUGUUCUUCAUUCUUUUGAAUAUGUUUUUGGCCAUCAUCAAUGAUACUUACUCUGAAGUUAAAUCUGAUUUGGCUCAGCAGAAAGCUGAAAUGGAGCUCUCAGAUCUUAUCAAAAAGGGCUACCAUAAAGCCUUGGUUAAACUAAAAUUGAAAAAAUCUACUGUGGAUGACAUUUCGGAGAGUCUGCGACAAGCGGGAGGCAAGUUAAACUUUGAUGAACUUCGACAAGAUCUCAAAGGGAAGGGUCAUACUGAUGCAGAGAUUGAAGCCAUAUUCACUAAGUAUGACCAAGAUGGAGACCAAGAACUGACUGAACAUGAACACCAGCAGAUGAGAGACGACUUGGAAAAAGAGAGGGAGGACCUGGACUUGGAUCACAGCUCUUUACCACGUCCUAUGAGCAGCCGAAGUUUCCCACGAAGUCUGGAUGACUCUGAGGAGGAUGAUGAUGAAGACAGUGGCCAUAGUUCCAGAAGGAGAGGAAGCAUCUCCAGUGGAGUUUCUUAUGAGGAGUUUCAAGUCCUGGUGAGACGAGUGGACCGAAUGGAGCACUCCAUCGGCAGCAUCGUGUCCAAGAUCGACGCUGUGAUAGUGAAACUGGAGAUCAUGGAGCGGGCCAAACUCAAGAGGAGGGAGGUGCUGGGGAGGCUGCUGGAGGGUGUGGCCGAGGAUGAAAGAUUGGGUCGGGACAGUGAAAUCCACAGGGAACAGAUGGAGCGGCUAGUGCGGGAGGAGCUGGAACGCUGGGAAUCAGACGAUGCAGCUUCCCAAAUAAGUCAUGGUUUGGGCACGCCUGUGGGACUAAAUGGCCAGCCUCGCCCCAGAAGCUCCCGCCCUCCUUCCUCCCAGUCCACAGAAGACAUAGAAGGUGGAGGUGGAAAUGGGAGUUCCAGUAUCCACAUGUAGAACGUGUGUAAGGAUGUGUGUUCCUAUUAUGUAGGAAGGUGGCAGCCCUCAAUUGUUAACAACAAUUGUUACAACAAGUACACUAUUUAUAUACCCUGACCACCAUAGGAUGCUGGUCUUUGUGACCCAUUGUUUAUUCUUCUGCACUUUAAUUUAUUUUAUAUAAACAUUGCCCAUGGAUCAAA